AUGAAGAGGCAACGCGGAGGACACAUGGUGGGGAAGAUGCACAUAACACCGGCAAGACCGCCAGGAAGAAUGCCAGCAAGAGCAGCCCGGGCAGAAGAAGUGCCGGUUUGGGAAGCCUUCGAGGAUCUUGCAGGACGGCUGCAUGGGGCCGUGCUCGAUCUGUCUAUGCCCACUGUCGAUCUCUUGAAUGUUUGGGGUCGAGUCUUGGCAGAGCGGAGCCGUUGGCAGCAACUCGAUGCAGAGGGCCUUCUAGAAUGGCCUGAUUCUCCUGGACGUGGGCGCUCCACGGAGCCUUGGCCGCAACCUCAAGGAGAUGGCUGCGCGCAGCAAGCAAUCAGCGAGACGCAGAAGAACUGGAAGGGUUUGCUUCAGCAGGCGUAUCAGCAGACCCACCGCAAGGUCAUACCAAAGGAUGAGAUUUCUUAUGUCGUGGAGGCUGUGGAGUCACAAUUCAGAGCCACGGUGCAAGCACCCCUUCUCAGCUCGCCCUUUCAGGGGGAGCUCUCAAUCAACAAGAAGCAGGCCGAACAUGCGGCGGCCAGGGCCGCCAUCUACUCGGACUUCCCAAAGUAUGCCGAAGUGCCCGAAAAAGCGCAAAAAGCCACGGAGUCUGCGGAGAAUGCCAUGAAUGCCAAGAUGAAGCUCAACGAGAUGGUACAGCUGCUCACCGGCCGGCCUGUCGUCAAGGAGGAGAUCGCCUACGAGGUCCAGGAGCUCCCCGUACCUGGCCAGAGGGGAAGCCAAUACGUGGCCACCGUUCGCUUGGCAUCCCUUGACGACGACUGCUAUGAGGGAGAGCCGGCAUCGAACAAGAAGCAAGCAGAACAUUUUGCUGCACAGGCAGCCGUCGCUGCCAUGGCCGAGCGAGUUCAACCUUUAGAGGAGGAACGCCGGGAAGCAAAGAGAAGAAAAACCAUGGAGGCGCGGCGGGGCGGCAAGAAGCCGUUUCGGCCAGCUGGGCACCCAGGGCCGCCUGCAGCCUUCGAGCGCAUGGCCUACGGUCGAGUUGCUGCAUCUGAUGAAGUCAAAAAAGAGGAAUGGUGA